GAGCUGGAGAGCGGACUGAUGGUGGAUCAGGCUGUGGAGAAACGCUUCACUGGAGAUGUGCAACUGGGUUUAUCAAUUUUAGUGCAGUGCAUUGAAGGCCCUUACGUCUACCUCGCCAAAAGACUAACUACUAUGAAGGCACCUAUAGUGCAGGGGAUUAUGGUGUCUCACUGUGAGGAAGAUCUGCUGUGUAUCAGAGCUGCCUUCAAUAAAUUAACAGGAACGUCUCUCUACACGACUCUACAGAACAAGUUCAAAGGAGAUUAUCUACACGCUCUGCUGGCCAUCUGUCGAUCUGAAGAUUAAUAUAAAUAAAUGUUUAACAAACUCA